AUGGCGGCGAGGUUCCCCAGCUACCUGCAGGGCGACGAGCAAGAGUCGACGCUGCGGUGCACCAACUGCGCGGCCAGCAUCUGCCUCGCCUCGCAGGUCAUCAGCAAAGGCUUCACCGGCCGCCAUGGACGGGCGUAUCUCAUUGCCGACCCCAAGGCGCCGCAUCCCGCCCUCAGCGUGCUGGCAAACACCGUCGCCCAUCGCGCGGUGCCCAGGCAGCUCGUCACCGGCUCGCACACGGUCAGCGACAUCGCCUGUCGCUUCUGCCACACCGUGCUGGGCUGGAAGUACCUCGCCGCCGAGGAGGAGAGCCAGAAGUACAAGGUCGGCAAGUUCAUCGUCGAGAGCAAGCGGGUCAGUCUCUCGCGAGACGGGCCGGUAGACUUCUCUCACGUUGCUGCUGCUGCCGCCGCCGCUGUUGCUGGUGGCAGCGGGAAGAAAGAAGAGGUCGAGUUUGAUAGCCAGGACGAGGACGAGUGCGAGGACCUCUUCGCCGGCGUCUGGACGCCCUCGCUGGCUGCAAAGCGCCGGCAGAGACGGAAACACAAGUCAUGA